AUGCCACUAAAAGGAUUUCUAAGUAAACUUGGAAGACGAAAGAGCCCAGGCUUGUUUUCUUCGGGACUUCCUAGUCACGAUGAAUGCAAAGAAGAGCACAAGAAAAUCUUCCGUCCUACUCUGGACACACUGGUAAGAAAAUUUGCUACAAAAAGGAGGCUCUUUGAUCAGAAUUAUCCUUUAAACAUCUUGGCAUUCUUAGAGGAUAUUGGUUUUUUUAAAGAACUUAGAUCUACUUAUCCAAACGUAGAACUGAGUAUAGAUAUGCAAGAUAAUUCCCUAAAUGCAAAAUUAUGUCUGAAGGGACGGGGCGAGGAGUUUGAUGCUGCUUGUAACAAAUUAUUUUGGAAACUGGGAGAAAUUACUAAAAGUGCCUUACCAUUUGACGACAGAAGAAUAUGGGAUGCGAUAGCGGAUACUCGAGUGCAGGAACAUAUCAAGAGUGUUUUAACUUUAAAGAAUAUUAGGGCACAGGUUUGUCAACUUAUUAUCAAUUAUUUUAAACUAUACAUUCACUCAAUGUCUCUUUUCGCAUUUUUCAUUUAUACACUAGCUUAAUAUAGGCCUACUCUUACUUCUAAAUCUGCUUUAUUUUCAUUGCUUUACAGCACUGUAAACACUUGCUUCACUAUACACUACACUGCACACCGGCAACUCUACCCACUCCGCUCUGCUCCACUUCACUUUACUCCACCGUUUCGCUCCACCAUGUUAGAUUAAUGCUUUACUUUGCUUCAUCCAAUCCUCUUCUUUCAUCAUUUUCACUCAACUCCAGUUUCCACAAUGCCACUGACCUAGUCCAUUCAGAUUUUCCCCGAUAUACUCUACUCUGUUGCUAUCCACUCAUCCUCUGUUCCAAUCAUGCACCUCCACUUCCUUGCUUAUUGCUCGUUCUCUCUCCUCUUAAUUCCAACUCAUUCCUGUCCUCAGUUAAUUUAUUUUGCUCAAUUACACAUCUUAAUUAAUUCUCUAACCUAAGUGCACUUUAAUUUAGAGUAGUUAUAAAUAAUACCUCUGCACACAUUUAAACAUUUGGGGCUUUCUUUGUCUUUGGCGGAGCCUCAGCUUCGUUAAGUAAAAAAAAUGCCCCUCUGUAACCCCUAGCCUGCAUCCACUGUACAUUUAUUGCUGGAAUCUCUUGUAUAGUGACUAGCAUGUAAGCAUUCGCCACGUUUUUAUAGGAUGUACGUUUUUGGUUCAAAAUUUCGUAUGCAAAAUUUUGAAGCAACAUUUCUGACACUACUUCAGAUUGUUAUAUACAGCUAUUUCAUUUUUAAAGCCUGCCAUAUAGUCAUUUGUACUUUCCCAGUGCGAACAGCAAGUUGAGUAUACCUAAAAUUUUAGCUAUUUAAUUAGGUAGAUUGCGACCAUAGCUCCUUUUUGCUUCGGAAAUUCCCAGAGGUUUAUAUCAGUGUACUUAGUAAGAAGCUGCGUGUCAGAAGCUGCUUAGUAAGAAGCUACGUGUCCUAUUAUUUCUGUCAAGAAAAGAUGCAGUUCCCCAAAAGUCUGGUUGUCAACUUAAAACCACAGUUUUGCUAUACCAACUACCAAACAGUUGAUUUGAUGAACUGUAUGACUUGUAAAUAUACAACUAAUAAAUGUGAUAAUGCAUGCAUGCUCACCACUUGGUAAUUCCACGAAGCGAUUUCAAUUAAAUUAAAUUAAUAAAUUAAACUGUAUACAUUUCACCCUCUACAAUUUACUUUAUUAAAAUAUCCCCUUCCCAUUAUACUCAGGGGCGUAGGAAGCAUCAAAAGAUUGGGAGGGCACCGGCUUCUAGGGGCACUUUAGGCUAUUGAAAAGGGCACCUAAAAAACUUUUUCCGGAAAUGUUGGCGACGGGGGGGGGGGGAAGAGGAAGAGAAAAAUUUUCCCGUCGUACCAUACCGAUAUUGCACGUUUUUGACCAAAUUUUUUUAAAAAAACUUGGAAAUUUCCAAACAAAAAGGGCACCUUUGGUGUUAAUUUAGUAUUUACAGCGACAUUAGCUUGCACAAAAAGGGCACUUUUCAUCACAAAAAAGGGCACUUUUCAUCACAAAAAAGGGCACUUAUAGUCCUUUGAUAAAAAAUUGGGGGGGGGGGCACGUGCCCCCGUGCCCCACCGGUUCCUACGCCCCUGAUUAUACUCUUCGCACUUGGAUUGUACAUUUGACUAUAGCUUGAGACACUGUUAAUUGAAACAGAUGUACAACUACCUAGCUCUGUAUAAGGCGAAAACUCAGAAAAAUGUCAGUUUUACAAUAGAAUCUAUAGUCUUUCACUCCUCAAGUGGGGCCAUUCAACAUGGCGCCCGGUCUCAAAACAUGACGUACUUCCGGCUUCAAACUGGCUUCACUUUUCGAUUGGGCCUUCUAUUACGAUGCUCUAUCCUGUCUUAGUGUAUAUCAGUGCCCUAGAUCCGCCCCUGCCUAACUAUAAUGUCUUACUAAAAUCCAUUGCAAAUCUAUAUAUUUGUCUGUGACUGUUCCCGAACCAUUCAUGCAUACUGAUAUUGUCGAUAUUCAUAUGCCGUUUGUGUGAUACUAAUAACUUACUGACCGAGAGUGAGGGCAGUACGGGAAAAUAUCCAACCGAGGUCUUGCUGUAUUGACCGAGCGAUAGCGAGGUCAAUACGGCAAGACCGAGGUUGACUUGGAUAUUUUCCUGUACUACCUGAACGGUUGAGGUCAGUAAGUUUUUUAUUAUAUGGCAUUGUAUGUUUGUAAAAAAUGGAAAAAAGGAAAGGUCACGCGAGGGCAAAGUACAAAGUCCGAAACGGUUUGCAAAAAAAACAAUUGUAAAAAAUCAGUUCUCUUGGUUAGUAAAACUACUCUACAGUAAUUUUUAUAUAGAAUACUAACACAUUUUGGAUAGUAUUUCAAGAAAAAUACGAGGUAUUUCGUCAUUUAAUCCUUUACAAAGACAACAAAUAUGAAAACAAUAAAAUUAAUAAACAGUAUGGACAAGUACGUUUUUAAUUUGCUUCGUCUCAUAAAUAUGUCUCUUUUUAUCGAAAAAACCCAUAAAUUUUCAGGAAAAAAAUAUAAAUCUGUGGCUGCUUUAGUUGUAUUUUUAUUUAGGAUGGUGUCAAAUUCCUCGGCUAACUGCAAACAAGAUUUUCAGCUCUUCACAAAGUCAAAACACAGCUAUUCCUGAUUUCUUUAAUAGUUAUAAACAUUGUAAAAUUUAUGUAUCGAUCAAUUCGAAACUUCACCAUCCUCCCCCCGGGCCCCCCGGGAAUUUGAACUUUUUGAAAUUUGACUGAUAAAAUUCUCCACCCCCUGUGCAAAAAAUGUCUUCAAAUACCCCACCUUCAUAUGUAAAUUAUGAAACAGUAAAUUCAAAAAGUACAAAAUAUAGGGAAAUGUUUUUCGACAUGAUAGCGAAAUUCACGUAAAAAGUUUGUAUACCUUGUGGAAAUUUAACAGUUUUACACAAUUAUGCAGUUAAUGAAAAAACAGCGAAAGUACAACAGCAGGAAAAACCACGCUCCUUGUCAACUGUCGGUCGAAAAGCACGCUCGUGCCAGUCCUUUUUCGCAUUACACAUCGCUCAGCGCGAACAUGAGCGCGUUAAUUGCACCGCCCUAUACAAUCACCCUAAUAUCCCUGUUUCUCACUAUAGCUGUAGUAUUAUUCUCGCUGUAUUAUUAAGGCGCUUACAAAGACAAUUUGUUGUUAUAGAAUGUGUUUUUUAUUUUGAUAUACUUAAAUGUUAUAUUUAAUUUGAUAUAUAUGGCAAAAUAUAAGAUCUCCACCAGUAUAUUGAAAUCUCGACUCAAUAUUUUGCCAUGGUCAAUAAUUUAUCGUAUUAGUAGAAAGCCAAACAGAUUGUAGAAUACCUAAUAUCCGGUUGCUAAUUGGCUAUACCAUAUUUAUUUAUUCUUUAUAAUUUGCAUUCAAUGCAGGUUUGCGCAGGUGACACAGGAAACUUGGUUAUUAUCACUGCUAUGAAUAACAUCGAGUUACGGAAAGCAAAAGAUCUUUUGCUCGACCUAAUCGAGAUAAAGACGGUUUCAAUUCCGGAGGACGUAGAUCGGCAUUCCGAAAGUGGAAAUAUUAAGAAGUUUCUGACAAAGCAAGAGGGAAGUCUACCCAUAAAGAUAUACUUUCACCCUUCAAACGUGCUGGUGCAAAUUGUUGGUGUGGCAGAAGCUGUUACAAAAGCAAUAUCUACAUUCCGACAGUUCUUCGAAUCGAUGCGAAUCAAGAGGCAAUUUUUUAUUGGGAAUCGUAAGCUUACACCAGAUGUUUGGACGUUUUUAGAAAUGCAUUUCGAUGAAAUUAAAAAAGCAAAGGAAGAAAAGUUCUUAAACCUCAAGGUCUCUGUCAAGUUGGAAAAACAACCUUCUGGCAACCAUCAAAUUUCCAUGACAGGAACUGAAGAAAGCUUUCCUGCAUGUAAUAAUAUACUAGAGGAAUUAAUUAUGGAGAUCACACAAAAAGAUGAACUAAUUGAAUUUCCCGGACUACAGAAGCUGUUUGAUGCACAGAUUGGUAAACACGAGCUGGAAAGAAUUGGAAAAAAUUGCAAAGUUUAUAUUAAAGUCCAACCUAGUGCUGCGAUCCCAAGAUCCGCGACUGUUUCAUCCCAUAGUACACAAAGUGGUUAUGAGCGGUAUAAUAUUACUACGAAAGAAGGAGUGCAAUUGUCUUGCAAGAUUGGAAGAAUCGAAAAUGAAAAGGUUAGUUAA